GUCAUGCCGACGCACGCAUCUUCAGUUCGCAUUCGGAGGCCCAGCGAGCUAGAGCUCUUUUAGACGGAAAAGAAAUAGCUGACGGGAGCUUUCAAGUUUCCCUCUCCACGGGUGUCGCGACAAAGAUUCUUCGAUUCGAAAAAGUGCCAAGUUUUCUCUCGCACGUACUCUGUCAGUCAGCCGGUAUACACACGCAGAUAUAGAAAAUCGUCUUUCGUUUAGCACGGUGAACCCUGCACGUGACAAGCUGAACAGCGAAGAAGGCCGAAAGCAAGAGAGCAACGUGCUUGUUUCAACGGUAGAGGAGACACUUCGGUUGUUCAUUCGAAUUGCUCGAUUUCGAGAAUCUGACUCCACGUUUCUGUUGAUCUCGUACGUUCAGAGAAUCAAACGGGUGUGCUUCCAAUGUAAAUCUACGAGAGCUUAUCGUCGGAGUGGCAGUUUUUGUGUUCACUGAAGUUGAUAUAUCGCGGUAUUUUUUGAAAUUUCUCACAGUCUUUCGUGCGGUACCACGCACAUAGCCUUGGUCUCGAAGGAGAGGAAGGCUAGCACAGCCGGAUCGCAACGUUUACUAUUAGCUCCAGUGUGUUUUUGUGCGAAACUGAGGGAACAUGUCGACCGCCGUCAUGAGCACCCCUAUGUUCGAGUGUAGCGAGCAUCUUUUUAAGAACGCAGCCUCCGCGAAAGCGAAGGAGCCCACCUCGACGUCAGCGACAAGCAGCCCGGGAAACGGCUCGGCCGGUAACAAUGGCGGACACGCGCCCCUUCGUCGCAGCUACACUUCCCUGGUAACCAGUCUGAUCGAGCAGCAUCGUAAACUAGAUCGUAGCGCGAGUGAACCAACGUCUCGCUAUAAAACCGAGCUGUGCAGGCCAUUCGAGGAAAGCGGUACCUGCAAAUAUGGCGAUAAGUGCCAGUUCGCUCACGGCUACAGCGAACUGCGCAAUCUUGCCCGUCAUCCGAAAUACAAGACCGAACUGUGCCGCACCUUCCACACGAUCGGCUUCUGCCCGUACGGGCCACGCUGCCAUUUUAUCCACAAUUUCGAGGAGGCGCGAAUUCAUAACCAAAAGGUUAGCGCGCAACUGGGAUCCACGCAGCCGAACAUAAUGGGUCUGAACCCUCUGUUGAGCGCAGCGGCAGCAGCGGCAGCGGCCGCGGCCGCAGGUGGAAACGGCUGCAACAAUUCCACCGUUAACUCCACCGCCAACAGUGUCACCCUGCUCGAACAGAUCGCGGCCUUUCCGCAAGUGGCAGCCGCCGCGGCAGCAGCGACGCCGAACCUCAUGAGAACUAACUCGUUGAGCCUGUGCAACAGCACAAAUGCCUACAACCCGCCGCCAUUGCUUAGAACGAACUCGUUGAGCUUGACUACCAGUCAGCACCACCACCACCACCAUCACCACCACCAUCAUCACCAGACUGGUUCCACGACUGUCAGCUCGGUUAUCGGCGCGACCAGACCGAAGCCGUUGAAUCUCAGCCCGACCUUUUCUCUCGGCAGCACCGGAGACUCGAUCUCGCCAUCAUCGAGCCUCAGUCAAUCGCCGACCAACUCGUUGGCCAGCUUCUUCAGCGACGACUGCAGCCAACAACCGUCCGUGACUAGUCUACCCACCACACCGUUCAGCUUCGGUCAGGAUUUCGGGCUUCUCGCGACGAGGCAGAGCCCCAGCCCACGGACCAACAACGUUUGCAGUCCACUCGGCUCGGACGAGCUCGCGCCGAGGACGCCGUCCCCGUUGUCGCCGAACGCCGAGUCCAGAUUGCCCGUCUUCAACAGGAUCAGCAGCACUCUCUGCGACUUCGACAACCUGAAGAUCUAAAGGACAGCGCCUACCUGUCGUCCUUCGAUCCUCUUGGUAUAUUAUUUUUUUUUUCUCUUCUCAACUUCUUACGGUUGACGCAAGGACUUUCGAAGGACACAGAGGUCGAACAGCGUCGAACCCCCCCGAGACGCUGAAUUUUUUUAUCUUCCGUAAAGACAAGAGAAUGUAAGGGAGAGGGGACGGACUCUCCCACCGACUUGAAGAAAACGUUUCAUUUUUUUUCUUUUUUUUUUUUUUUUAACACUUGAGCUGCAUUUCUCGCGCGAGACGGAUUUUCCUCUCCGUCGUUACUCGGCUUCUUAUUUAAGCAUUUCUUUUCUCUUCGUAGUGCACUUUAGACACCUUACUUUCGUUCUACAAACGAUCGGUCUCUUCCUUUUUAUUAUAUUAUAAUCGUCAUGAUUAUAUUAUAUAUUAUUAUAUUAUUAUUAUAUAUUAUCGCUAUAAUUAAUUAUUAUUAUUGACAUUAUCAGUUAAAUCACUAUCGAUACUGAAUACCGUCGUUAUUUUUAAACUACAUCAGUAGACGUCAGUCACUUUCAGACUUUCGACUACCAGGGCCGUUUUCUUCUCUUUUUUUUUUCUUUACUUUAGAUUUACGCUCGUUUUAAUGGUAAGGUCGAGAUCGUAUCAUCCCGGAUGUCUCGACCCGUUCGUGAGAAUCGUUCGGAUGGUUUAGACGCUAUAGGAGGAGAGUUAAGAAGGAAAAGAAGGAUGCAAGGAUAAUUGUAAAGCGAUCGAGGAAACAAAGAGCACGGAAGCCGAUCGAUCGAGAGGGAACGAGUCCAAGUUUCUUCCGAAUUGUAACUUUCCUCCAGCGAGGUUGUUCUUUGAUCUCUCUUGGGCUCAGACCGGGUUUCCUCUCGUUCCUUCGUCCCUUCCUCUCUAACUCUUUCGCGUUUAACUCUCCUCCGUUCGUGGUCGUUCGCGAACGAUUCUCGCGAGAACGAGACGUUGCUCGAUCCGGGGCAGGUGAAACGUUGCAAUAUUCUAAAAAACAUUUAUACGUUACGUUUCUUCUUCUACUGAGAAGGGAGGGGAAAGUUGUCUUGAGAGUGAAAGGGAGGCGAGAACAAGACGCGCGCGCGCAAGGGAGAGCGAAAGAGAGAGAGAGCGAGAGAGGGGUAAGACGGUUGAGAGAGAAUGAUAGAGAUGAAGAGACGCGUAGUGUCGGUAUUGGGGCGGUGAGGAAGCGCGCGAAACAGAUCAACAAUCAAAGAUCAUGCUAUGCAAAUUAAGUUGCUUAAGAACUCCGAUUGUCUUCCAAUGUUAGUAAGUGUACGUGUGUGUGUGCGUGUGCCUGGAUGUUCCGAUUGUCGGUGUUUACUCGUGUCAACGUGUUACACGAGUAAAAGAGAGAGCGACGGUGAGAGCAAGCAACGUGGCAAUGAGCAAAAGGGAGAUAAUGAGAGAAAGUGGUGCGUUUGUGAGCGAGUGUACCAUUACGCAUGGGAAACGAACGUGCCUGCGAGUAAAUGAAAGUGUGCGUGCUCGUUUAAGCAUAGGUUACAUUCAAGUUUAGAUAUUUAACGGGCGAGGAAUCGUCAGGGCUUUAAAAUAACAAUAACACGUUUCGAAGACAUCUGAACCGGUCAACUUUCCUCGAUUUUUUAAGAAACAACAUUAUACGUAAUCUUUAGAGCGGUGUUUAUCAAUCGAUGACGUAGCUUGUUAGGAAAUUUUGGUUUUUCGACACGGUUUUUUUUUUUUACGACUUUCCUUUCUUUUAUCGCCUUUUAUUGGGAAUUUUAAAGGAAAGGAAUUGGUAGAGAGGGAGGACGUUUGUUUUUAGUAGUUUUCAAAUCGAAUAGGUUUAAGUCCGUAAAGCCAAUAUUUCCCACGUGAACUUCUACCAAAAAGAAAUCUAUGGUUUUGAUUAUUUCAAUCAGAAACCGGAAUAAUUUUACAUUAAAGGAUAACACUGAUAUGGCUUCCUCGCGAUGCCUUAAAAGCGUGCCUCGAUUAUGGCGUGAACGAGGAAUACGUGUGGCUGAUAAAUGAGAGAUUGUGAAAAUAAGAGAGAAAGUGAGAGCGAAUGGGAUAUCAUCAAUUUCGUGGUAUAUAUAUAUAUACAUUGUUCUUUCCCAUAAAAAAAUGUGAUAUGUAACUAUUGCAAUAGAAAUAUUAACUAUUAUUAAAAGAAAAAAAUAUUCUAUUAUAGAGAGAGAGAGAGAGUGAGGGAGAGAAAGAGAAUCACAUCGGGCGAAAGUAAGAGUGAAGAAGAGAAAACGAGGCGGCGUUAUUAAGAGAAAAGUGCUUCCAUCUCGCGGGUCAAAAUUUAUUUUUCAAAUCGACUUAAUGGUGCGAUUACAAGAAACGAAAGGAUAAAUAUUAUUUUUAUCAAAUUUUCAAAAUUAUUCGUAUGUUCGAGGAUUCGUUUUCACCGCGCGCCGCCUCUACGUGAAGAUAUUUUUGAAAGAGAGAAAAAUUAAAUACAAAACAAAAAAGAAAGUGCCUAAAUGACGUGUUUUCGAAAAUCGAAUACAUUUUGUACAUAUGCACACCACACACUUCUUAUACUAAACAAAAAAUGUUUUCGUUUAAUUUAUACUUGAAAGCAAAUGUUAUUAUAGAUUUAGUUUAUUAAUAUUAAUAUUAUUAUAUUAUUAAUAUAAUUAUUUUUAUUAUCAAUUAUUAUUAUAUUAUUAUUAUUAUUUUAUUAUUAUAUUCUCAACACUAUUCGUCUCCAUUGCGUAGAGAAGUAGACCCUCCGCUACUUCGACGAACAGCACCGCAUAUUCAUUUAAUAUUAUCUCCAUUAUUAUUUAUCUGGCUAAUCGUUCCCUUUUUUUGUUCUUUUUUUUGUGUUUCUUCUUUCUGCUCGUAACGAUGCAAUCAAUUGUCAGUGUCCAUUCAGUCGACGAUCGUGAAAACUCCGAGCUAAAGUCAAUUAAUUCUGUGUCUUAACUAAUAUGUAUAUUGCUGCCAUCUUUAACGGCUCUACAUAUACAUUAUAUUAUCCCUAUUAUUAUUAAUAUUAUUACUACUUGCUAUUACUACUACUACUGUUGCUAUUCCGCUACUAUUACUACUACCACUGCUACUACUAUUACCACUGCUGCUACCACUGUUUACUACCACACUAAUGCUAUCCCUAGCAUUUCCGCUAAUCGUCAUCACCAUCGUUGUCAUCGAUCAUAUCGCUAUUAUUAUCGUGAUUUCGAAAAAGAGCAAAGCUUCCUCUCCUCCCUCCGCAUUGGAAAAGAAGCUCGGUUUACUAGAAACCGUGGUUUUCGGUGGAAAGGGCCAAUCGGAGCGGGACGGUGUUUUCGCAUAGCUGACCAUGGGGCAAGUAAAAGAACGCGUUUACCGACUGCAGAGAGUGAAAGUCUCCGAGAGGAGUUUCUUCGCUCGUCAGAGACAAAAUGAUGCGUGGGCAAUGGCGUCGGUGCGGAGCGACGGGAGGGGAGGGGGUUGGCCGAUGCGCGUUCUCCAAAACGAAGCCAACGCAGAAACGGUGUGGUGCUGGCUGGCUCUCGCGAGCCGAAGUGAAACUGACUUCUGGUCGGGUCGCGAGAGCAGCCGACUACCCACUCGCGCAAGACGAUGAAAGAAGUAGCGAUGGCACGCCUUUUCGAAAGCGUCCUCCGAUGCUACCACGAGGUCCCCUCGUUACGCUUGCUGCUCUUACGUGUUAUCUUUCCGCAUCCUCGAGUCCCAUGGAGUGUAUCCCUUUUUCCCGCGGUCGAACAGGGCUAACCAGUUUCAGAAAGGUUUCUUGGCUUUCAUGGUGUACGUGUUCUUAUUGGAAAUUUUCCAUUUCUUCUUGUACGUUUCUUUCCCUUUUUUUUUUAACGUAGCAAUUAUGAAGGGUUCGGAGGAAAGCACUCCCAGACCUAGAGAUUCUAGUAGUAUGGCACAUAUAAUUUAUUUAAGGAUCAAGAAGUUUUACUUUCUUUCGGUGCAUUUGGUAGUAGUAUCUUUUUUUUUUUGUUCUUGGUCUGUGCGUUUCCACAGUUUAUGCUCGGUAGAAUAAUUUUAUUUAUACCCGUCGCACGCUUCUUUCGCUUCUCUGGAAUAUUUACAUUUUUUUUAUAUAUGUAUGAGAAACAUAAUUUAUAUUGAGUCGAAGCGAGCGAGUGAGAGAGAGAGAGUGUGUUUUAGUUAAUUAGUGCAAUUAAUAUUAUUACGUAUUUAUUCGAAUCAUUUUAAGAGGACAGAUUUUUAUAACGCCAAAAGCUUGUACGUUUCUUAGUUCCCCCCCGCCCCCGUUUAUUUUUCUCUGGUCCAGCAAAGAAGCGUGUGGAGUUAUCGAACAGAGUCGAUCGAAAGUCAAGAAAUCUUCCGGAUAAAAACACGGUCCCCGAGUCUUUUGUUCGCGACAAUGGUACACUUGUCAUCUGGUUCGCGUUCGAAAAGAACGCAACCCCCCUGACGGAAAUACGCUGGGGGGGGGGACCUCGGUCGCAGCACCGAACGACGCAAAUUUCGUACCCUCCUGUUAUAGACUUGACAACUUAUACAUAUUAAUAUAAUAUUAAUAAUAAAUAAUAUACUUUACGUUACGUCUCUUUUUUAAUUUAAUAUAUUUAUUUUUUCAAUCAAGUAUUUAUAUAUUUAUACAAUAUUUUAUACAACGUUCUUCACAGAUACACACGCUAUAUAAAUAUGUAACACACACGCGUUACGACGAUAAUUGUAAUGUGACAGGUCGAUCUCUUGGCUCUCAGAGGAAACCGAUUAUUACACUCACCAUCCUUCUACAUACAUAAUAUUAUUUUUCUUUCUUUAUUAUCCCUUUCUUUUUUCUUUUUUUUUUUUUGUUCGUCCUUGGUAUUCUCUUCCAUUUCUCCGAAACCACAGCCUACCGAAUGUAUUUCUCUCCCCCUUUUCUUGUCCAAUGGAAAAACCGGUCCAUCCGGCUGUCCGUGGUGUGUGUUCCCAACUGGACGAAAGUGUGUAUACUUAAUUUCUCCUUGUGAUACGCGACCGUCGUCGACAGUCGCUCGAGAAAUAUUUGCGCGGGAGAUGUAUUAUCGUUUCACGAGACAGGGGGAGGAAUAGAAUGAGUGUGCGAGCGAUAGAGAAAGCGUGAUACGUACUAAGAACGAAAUAAUUAAUUUGAGAGCCAAUUGAUAGGCUGACGGAAGUCGUUCGAACCGGACACGUGCGUCCAGCUCGAGAGUGGUCGUGAAAUCUCCAUUUCGUUCGUCGCAUUCGUCAGCGCUCAAUGGCGCGCCGUUCAACAUCGUUCUCAAUGAUUUUCCGGCUAACAGUUACCGAUUCUUUCUUAUCGAAUUUUAACCAAAUCAAUUUUUAACGAACGAUGCCGAAGAUUUCACGAACCGCGAACGAAUGGUUCGAACGACUUCGGUCGAAUCCAUAAUGGGACCACAAAGGUGAUAAAUGCAUAGAGUUUCGUUAAUUAGAAGAAUGGCGAACCUUCAGAAAAAAAAAAAAUUGAUGUGCGUCGAGCGAGGAGUGGAUUUCGUUCGAUCGCGAGCGAGAAAUUGAUUGAAUUUUUCUUGGAAUUUUCAUUCGAUGAAAAAUUGCAAAAAUUUGCAAAUGCGACUGAUUUUAUUUACGCUCGUUCUGUUUUUUGUUUUGAUGCCUUUCACUCGCGGUGUCGAGCGGAUUUUUUUCAUUCCUCGCGGCGACCUUUUUGUUUCAUUUAACGAAAGAACACAUAUACACGCAAGUCUCAUGUACCACGAACGAAAAAAAUUGUAGUUUGAUAAGUAUUGCCAACAAUACACUAUCUAUUUAAUACAUUUCAUUAUUACAAAAUAA